AUGGGAAUUCUGGAAUUACAAUCCCUCCCUCCACCCAUUCAAAUGAAUAAAAUUGUUUCUGUUUCAGGAGCUGGUGAUAGUUUCAACAGUGGAGUGAUCGCUGGAUUAACACACAACAAGACAGUGGUUGAAUCUUUGAGAAUUGGUCAAGAAUGUGCUCGACUCACUCUUCAGACGACACUGGCCAUUUCUGAAGCGAUCAAUUCACAAAUGUUGAAAUAA